AGCGUAAAAGAAGAACACGUGCCACUGUAAACUUCCUGCUUUACUCAUGCCUUCUUAACUGUCAAAUAAUGUACAUUUUUUUCCAAUAUAUGUAUGCUUUAAGUUCAUGAUUUUGCUAAAAUGUUAAUCGGACUGUAAACCAAACCCGUAAAGGCUCUGCUGCUCGUACUGAAGAGGAGAUGGAGAGGCUGAUCACAAAACUGACCCAGAAACGCGUCCUUUUCCCGGUGUCCUUCGCUGUGAGGCUGGCUCUGGUGCUUUAUGGAGACUACCAGGACAAAACAAUGGUGCUGAAAUACACUGACAUUGACUACCAUGUGUUCACAGAUGCAGCCAGAUUUAUCACUGUGGGACAGUCUCCCUACAACAGAUCCACGUACCGGUACACGCCGCUCGUCGCGUGGAUACUCACUCCAAACAUUUACCUUUUCAUGGCUUUUGGUAAAAUCCUCUUCAUUUUGUGUGAUGUGUUGUCAGGACUUCUCAUAUACAAAAUACUGCGCCUGCGUGGAGUGAGCUCAGAGAGUUCUCUGGGUGUUAGUUCCCUGUGGCUGUUGAACCCUUUGCCAAUGGGAGUGUCCAGUCGAGGAAAUGCAGAGUCCAUUCUGGCUGCUCUUGUGUUGGGAACAUUACUCUGCAUGGAAGCUCGGCGGCUGACAUGUGCCGCUCUCCUCUUUGGUCUCUCUGUCCAUAUGAAGAUCUACCCAGUCACUUACACGCUGCCCAUCAUUUUAACUCUACGGACACGGGACACAGCAGCAAACAAGCACAAAACUACAUCAAAAUGGAGGAGUUUAACAGGAUUCAUCACUUCCUUCAUCAAUAAGGAACUGUUCAUGUUUGCCAGUGUUUCAGGGGGAGUUUUCUGUAUCCUCACUGCACUCUUCUAUCACAUGUACGGGUGGGAGUUUCUCCAUGAGACUUAUCUUUAUCAUUUAACAAGACGUGACAUCAGACACAACUUCUCCCCAUACUUCUACAUGAUCUAUCUCACUGCAGACACUCGGUGGAGCCAUUUGCUUGGUCUUGCAGCGUUCCUCCCUCAGCUCCUGCUCCUGCUGAUCUUGUCCUGGGUGUUUCAUUCAGACUUGGCAUUCUGCUGUUUUCUGAACACUGCUGUAUUUGUGUCAUUCAACAAAGUCUGCACCUCACAGUACUUUCUGUGGUACUUGUGUUUACUUCCUCUGGUCAUUCCUCGCCUCAGCCUCUCAGUGAAACAAGGCUUAGGGCUGCUGCUGCUCUGGUUUUCAGGACAGGGCGUUUGGUUGGCCCCGGCCUACUUCCUGGAGUUCGAAGGUCACAACACGUUCCUGUGGAUCUGGCUUGCUGGGCUGCUCUUCUUAGUCAUCAACUGCUUCAUUCUCGUACAGAUCAUUUCCCAUUACAAACCACAGCCUCCACGGACCCUGAAAACAGACUGACGCUCUCACGCCAUUUUGCCACGCCUGACCAAAACUCUGAGUGUGUUUCAUAUCAUACACUGGACUUUGUAAAUAUCUUUUCACAUAAAUGUUUUUUUAAGAGUUUGACAUCUUUUUGUUAAAGCUAAAUGGAACCCAGACACUGCGCUGCGGCAGCCUUAACUGUGUCGGCUGAAAUAUGGGUUAAAAGCAAAUAAUACAUUUUUCUUUGCUAUGGCAACAGGAAAGUAAAAGUUAUUAAAGCCCUAAUCUUCUCUCUCUCUCUCUCUCUCUCUCUCUCUCUCUCUCUCUCUCUCUCUCUCUAUCUCUCUAUCUCUAUCUCUAUCUCUAUCUCUAUCUCUAUCUCUAUCUCUAUCUCUAUCUCUAUCUCUAUCUCUAUCUCUAUCUCUCUCUCUCUCUCUCUCUCUCUCUCUCUCUCUCUCUCUCUCUCUCUUUUUACUGUCAGUUUAUAGAGCUUUUUUAUUUGCAUUAAAUUUGAAAGCACACUAUUUUAAAGUUGCACUUUGUAACUUUUCUGCUGUUGGUGGUGGGAUUUUGCCACUAGUUUAUCUCCAUGGAGAGGUUAUUGCAUUGUUUAAAAUGCUCCACAAAUGACAUUAAAGUGGAUAUGACAGGUUUUGAUGAUUCUGUAAUUUUGACUUAAUCUGGUGGGAUGAUACCUUCUGUAAAUAUAAAUUAUAGAUUUACACCAAUCAAGAAGUAGCUUUAUGAAGAAAAGUAGAAAAAUAUGUUGAAAAUUACAGAAGUAGAGAGUCCCAACUGAUGACAUCACACUGUGAGAAUUCUGCCCAACCGUCAGACACAAUUUACAGGAG